CCGAACCGUCGAGCGAUCCCCAGACAAACGACAUCUGCUCAGUACACCGUCACCUAGCACCUCAAAUGACAGGCGCUCGACCACGGCAUCAGAGGACUGCCACGGGCGUGACAAAAGCCCACGCACGGCAGCUCUCCCAAGAAUUCCCAAGCCCGCUCCGUCAGGUAUGGGAGAAGAACAAGCCAGAGAGUUUCUCGACCAAGGAUGGUUUUCAGAAGGAGUUCGUCAAGGCCAUUGAGCACAACCUUGCUCGCAGCAUGUACAAUGCCGAUGAUUUGGCUGCAUAUCAGGCAACGUCCUUGGCUAUGCGUGACAAACUCAUCAGUGCCUGGAAUGACACGCAGAACUUGUACACCGAAAAGGAUCCGAAGCGUAUCUACUACUUUUCCUUCGAGUUCUUGCAAGGUCGCGCGUUGGACAAUGCCAUGCUCAAUCUUGGCGUGAAGCAGGUCAUCAAGGAUGGCUCCCUCGAGCUCGGAUUCAGGCUCGAAGACUUAAUUGAGGAGGAACAAGACCAUGCCCUCGGUAACGGUGGUCUCGGUCGACUUGCUUCGUGUUUCCUGGACUCGUGUGCCUCUACACAUAUCCCUGCUGGCGGUUAUGGAAUGAACUACAGGUAUGGCCUGUUCAAGCAGACCAUUGUGAAUGGCCAACAAGUUGAAAGACCUGAUUCGUGGCUCGAAAACAACCAUUGGGAGCUGCCUCGUCACGAUAUCCAGGUUCCAAUCCGCUUCGGUGGUAAUGUGCAUCAGGAAACCGACAAGGAUGGCAAGCAGAAGUCUGUUUGGGACGGUGGCAUGCUCGUCGUGGCCGAAGCUUAUGAUGUUCCUAUCCCAUCUUACAAGUCCCGCAUCACCAAUAACUUGCGUCUUUGGUCCUCAAAGCCUGCUCACGGCGACUUUGACUUUGCGGCUUUUAACUCUGGUGACUACGAGAACGCUGUGCGGGACACGCAAAAGGCAGAGGAAAUCAGCCAGGUCCUCUAUCCCAAUGAGAAUCACACACAGGGUAAAGAGCUACGACUCAAGCAGCAAUACUUUUGGUGUGCUGCGUCCCUGUCAGACAUUGUCCGCCGCUUCAAGAAGUCUGAACGACCAUUCUCCGAAUUCGCCGAUCAAGUCGCUAUUCAGCUCAACGACACACAUCCUGUCAUUGCAAUCCCCGAACUGCUUCGCAUCUUGAUCGACUUGGAAGGCCUUACAUUUGACGAUGCUCUUUCCAUUGUGCAAAAGACAUUUGGCUACACCAACCACACCGUCAUGCCCGAGGCUCUCGAGAAGUGGCCUUGCGACAUGAUUGGCAAAAUCCUGCCUCGCCACCUGGAAAUCAUCUUUGACAUCAAUCUCAGCUUCCUCCAGCAAGUCGAGAAGAAAUUCCCCGGAGAUCGUGAUUUGCUCGCACGCGUCUCCAUCAUCGAGGAAGGUGAUGUGAAGCAAGUUCGUAUGGCAUACCUUGGUAUUGUUGGAUCUCACAAAACGAACGGUGUCUCGGAACUCCACUCUGACUUGAUCCAGACCACAAUUUUCAAGGACUUUGCCAAAAUCUUUGGUAAAGACCGAUUCGGCAACGUCACCAACGGUAUCACACCUAGACGCUGGCUGCUGCAGGCAAAUCCCCUGCUUUCUGACUUGAUUGCAUCGAAGCUUGGCGGACAAGAUUUCAUCAAGGAAUUGACUUUGCUCAAGCAUCUUGAGAGCUUUGCAGAUGACAAGGACUUUGUGCAGCGCUGGAUUGCAGUCAAGACUCAAAACAAGGAACGUCUCGCUCGUUACAUUCAGGAGCACAAUGGUGUCACUGUUGACCCUACUGCUCUGUUUGAUAUUCAAAUCAAGCGUAUCCAUGAGUACAAAAGGCAGCACAUGCAUUUAUUCUCCUGCAUUCACCGCUACCUUGAGCUUAAGGAGAUGUCGCCAGAGGAGCGCAAGAAACAGCAGAAGCGCGUCAGUAUCUUUGCUGGUAAAGCAGCACCCGGUUACUACACUGCAAAGGAAAUUAUCCAUUUAAUUCAUGCUGUUGCCGAAGUUGUCAACAAUGACGCUGAGAUUGGCGACUUGCUCAAGGUGAUCUUCAUUGCCGACUACAACGUCUCCAAGGCUGAGGUGAUUAUUCCUGCUGCAGACAUUUCCGAGCACAUCUCCACGGCUGGUACAGAAGCUUCCGGCACUAGCAACAUGAAGUUUUGUCUCAAUGCUUCCCUUAUUAUCGGCACGUAUGAUGGUGCCAAUAUCGAGAUAUGCCGCGAGGUCGGCGAGGAGAAUGUCUACAUCUUUGGCUACCUUGCACAUGACAUUGAAGAUCUUCGUCACCAACACCGCUACGGCAAUUACAAGCCAGACCCUCGAUUUGAACGCGUUCUGGAUGUCGUUCGCAGUGGCAAAUUUGGUGAUGCCAACCAGUUCCGAGGUGUUUUGGAUUCCUUGCAGCCAAGGAAUGAUCACUAUCUUCUUGCUGAUGACUUUGCCAGCUACUUGGACUCGAAGAAGCUCAUUGAUACCGAUUUCGCUGAUCAGCUGGCUUGGCAUAGGAAGACCAUCAACACAGUGGCUCGCAUGGGAUUCUUCUCGAGUGACCGUGCCGUCCAGCAAUAUGCAGAGGAGAUUUGGAACGUCGAGGCCAUCAAGUUUUAAAACUCUACAUAGACUGAUAUAGACGUGGUAUAGGGAAUCUUAAUCAGCUGUUUGAGUUACCCUUCAGGGGAAU